AUGCCCGACAUGGCUGCUCGUCUAGCUCGCGGCCAUGUCAACAUGCCAGAUUUUGACGGGUUAACUAUCGAGAUACAGGCCGAGGAGGUUUGUUUCGAGGUAGCCGUCUACAACUCUCUGCGAUGGGAGACGGAGAUCCUAGCUUCUCGUCUGCUGUACCCUCGCGUACUAGUUCAGUACUAA